GGUGUCGUCGUGUUGAAUGUCAUCAACGACUUGUGGGAAGUGUUAAGGAAGAACAACAGCAACAUCAAGAAUUAAAAAACGACGACGUCGAGAUCUCAACAAUGCUGUUGAAAACUUUCUGGUUUCUGUGUUUUGUCGGAGAAUGGGCCGUAUCGCACCAGGAAAACCUAUUGCCAGAGUGUCCGACAGACAGGACAGUGUGUUCCACGAUCACUUCUGAAAUGAGCGGCAAAAAGUCUUCUGUCGUCUGCCAGUGUCCCGGAGCAAGUGUCUGCCCCACGUCUCCUGGAUACAACACGUUCCGCAUUACCAAAGACGUCUGGUAUGGGAUAUGCAUCCCCGUGUCCAAGUUACCCGUAUGUGAAAACGAGCAAGUGGUCACCAAGGUCGUAAUGGAGGGAGAUAAGAAAUACAAAGAGAUCCAGUGUCGUUGUCCAAGUGGUGAACUGGGCGGGGAAGCGUUCGUGUGGGUAUCGUGGAAAAACGAGGGCGAGCCGGAGAAAAAUAUAGGUGUCGACGAAAAGGUGUGCUCAGUACCACGUCCAUUACAAAAGAAACAAGCACACCAUGGAAUCAGUGGGUUCUACAAGCGACGACUGAGCAACAAGAUUUCCAGCUUUUACAAGCGAGAUGUUAGCGAGGAACCGGCAACAGAAAAUGGACAGAUCUCCAAACGUAGCAUCAACGAUAAGAGCAGCUUCUACAAGAGAGGUGUGGACAAUGGAAUGAACAGCUUCUACAAGAGAGGUGUGGACAAUGGAAUGAACAGCUUCUACAAGAGAGGUGUGGACAAUGGAAUGAACAGCUUCUACAAGAGAGGUGUGGACAAUGGAAUGAACAGCUUCUACAAGCGCGGACUAGAUGACCUAAGCAGCUUCUACAAACGAGCCGUAAACAGUGGCUUAUCUGGAUUUUACAAACGAGCCGUAGACAGUGGCUUAUCUGGAUUUUACAAACGAGCCGUAGACAGUGGCUUGUCUGGGUUUUACAAACGCGGAGCCGAGGACAUCAGUAGCUUCUACAAACGUGGCGGGGACGACGUCAGUAGCUUUUACAAACGAAGCCCUCACGGUAGCCGUAGCAGCUUUUACAAGCGAGCGCCAGAGGAAUCGAUGUACUCGUUUUACAAACGGGCCAUUGGCGGCCUCAGUAACUUCUACAAGCGAGGCCACGGGGAUCUCAGCAGUUUUUACAAGCGUGGUCAAGAAGACUUAGCCAGUUUUUACAAACGUGCACACGAUGAUGUCAGCAGCUUCUAUAAGCGGGAACCAAACGGCAUCAGUAGCUUCUACAAAAGAAGCCCUGCUGACGUUGCUGGUUUCUAUAAAAGGAGCCCCGCCGACCUCACUGGUUUCUAUAAAAGAGGCCCUUAUGACAAUGUUGGCUUCUAUAAAAGAAGCCCCAUCGACCUCACUGGUUUCUAUAAAAGAAGCCCCAACGAAAUCUCUGGUUUCUAUAAAAGAAGCCCUAAUGAGCUCUCUGGUUUCUAUAAAAGAGGCCCUAAUGAAUUAUCUGGUUUUUAUAAAAGAGGCCCAAAUGAACUAUCUGGUUUCUAUAAACGAAGCCCAAAUGAAAUAUCUGGUUUUUACAAAAGAAUCCCAGGAGAUAAAAUGAACAGUUUCUACAAACGAGACGUGAAAGCGGACCACGUGACUGACCUUGACAGUGUGACUGACGAACACGCAUACGAGAGUGGUGAAAAGAGAAGUAUCUCUGAGCAGCACAGUUUCUACAAGAGAGCUGAAGACCCGGAUGUAUAACCGUGAUGCGCCGCGUUAGUGUCAACCACUCGCAGCGCAGCUACAACUACUGUGAAGUAUGACAUUGUUACCAGCGUGUUGAACUGCUUUCCGUUUGAGACACGCCGGCUAAUAUGAUUCAGGAACAACUGUACAAUAAAAAAGAUAUUCCAAAAGAUUUAUAAUGCAAGUCCAGUUCUCUUCUGAUCCGAUUACGUUUCUCCAUUGUCAGAUCAGCUCAUUCUAAGAAGCCAUGCACAUGUGUGUGUUCCAUAUAACUAAAUAAAGGUAUCUUUAAUAAAAUAAUGAAUUGUCCAGUACUGGGAAAUUAUAACUCAACAUCAAAAAGCUGUUCUACUAAAAAAAAAGCUAUGCUACUAAAAUGCCAUUGCAAAGUACACUGGGAACCAAACAAUUUGAUAAGCGUGGUGUGCGAUAUACACAUGUAGGUUCUGUGGCAUGGGGGACGCCAUUAAGAAACACUAUUCUACGUUUGUAACGACAUUCAGCUAGGACAUUCAAAAUACGCAACAUCAAAAUCAUGUAUACUUUACAGCUAACAAUCUAAUUGCAUAAAUAUAUUUUCAACUUUGUUUCCUGUCCACUUUCACAUUCCAGCCCUUGUCUCCAACCUCGAUAGUUGAUCUCGUAGCUACCCAUGCCACACAUGUCAUUUCCCAUGAUGGUUUUCCUCUGGGAUUAGCGUGACCACUUGGAGGAGUGUUCAGUGGUUAUUGCGGUAAUUGGUGAGAGACAUUUGUACAACUCUGUAAACCGGAAUUCCCCCCAAACAGGACAUUUUUUUACGGUCCUUUUUAAAAUACCAUUAUUGAAAUUAACCUCUCUAAACCGGAUACCUCUUAAAACCGGACAUUUUACUUGGUCCCGAGGGUGUCCGGUAUAGAGGGGUUUCACUGUACUUACUAUAGUCCCGUACUUCCGGCUAAGUAAAUAUACUUUGCAAGACCCUCUAGCACUUACAAAUACGUACUUUAUAAUGUCUGAGUAUCUGACACCUUUAUACCAAUUUACCAAGUUGAUAGGACCAAAUAAUAAAACUGUUGUAAUGACUUACAUGUAAUAAUGCAUUUAUGUAAAACAAAUAUGCUUAAUACAACAUGGGGAUAUUUUAUUGUACGCCUACACAUACUGCAUUGUUAUCUCUAAAACUGGAUUUCUUGUUUUCGAUUUUAUUUUCCUCACCAGACAAAAUGCUAAUAAGAUUUAUAAUAUAUAAUACACUGUAUGAAAUAUUAUAGGUAAAUUGUUACUCAAAACUGACAAAUGUUGUGAGAUAUGUCGAUGUGCUGAUGUGUAACGUUGAAAUAAAGAAAGAAGCAAUAUAUAACGAA